AUGCACGGUGAAGCCUCCGAACCACCAACCAAGCGUGCGCGCAAGAACAGCGAUGUCAAGGGAAAGGGCAAGGCGAAGGCUGACGACGAACCCAUACCCGAGGAUGGCGAGCUCGAGUGGGAGGGUGAAUCUUUUGCCCAGGGAGACGACUUUAUACCCUUCUUUGCCGACGACGAGUCACCCAGGUCAACUAGGAAGGAGAGGGCGCCGGAACGAGAAUGGGAUGUGGGCAAGAACAGGCGCGAUUGGGAUCGGGAUAGAGACAGGACGAGGGACAGAGAUAGAGACAGGGAGAGAGACCGUGGCGCGAAGCGCAGUUACGAUUUCGUGUUCGAUGAAGACGAACUUGUCGGCCGCGCAUAUGGCCACGACCGAGGGCGCGCGCCGUCAAGGAAGACGCCUUGGGUGCACUUGGUCGACUGGGACGGUUGCCACAACGUCGCAGAGAUGUUCCAUCGAGAAGUGGAGGCCUUUGUCGACUACAUGUCACCGACAAGUAUUGAGGACGAGAUACGUGGUCUUGUGGUCAAGCUCGUAGGCAAGGCUGUUACGAGUGCGUUCCCCGACGCCAAAGUUCUCCCCUUUGGAAGCUAUGGCACAAAACUCUACCUCCCGAGCGGUGACAUCGAUCUUGUCAUUGAAUCCGACUCCAUGCAAUACGUCCCCAAAAACUCCGUCCUUCAUUCACUCGCCAACGUCCUCAAGCGCGCCGGGAUCGCCGACAAAGUGACGAUCAUCGCCAAGGCCAAAGUGCCCAUCGUCAAGUUCAUCACGCGCCACGGCCGGCUCAACGUCGACAUCAGCAUCAACCAGUCCAACGGGCUCGUCGCGGGCCAGAUCGUCAACGGCUUCCUCGCGGACAUGCGCGGCUGCGGGCGCGCCCUCCGCGCGCUCGUCAUGGUCGCCAAGGCGUUUCUCGGCCAGCGGGGGAUGAACGAGGUGUACACGGGCGGACUGGGCAGCUAUUCGAUCGUCUGUAUGGCGAUUAGCUUUCUGCAGAUGCAUCCCAAGAUACGGAGGGGCGAGAUCGACGCGGAGCGGAAUCUGGGUGUGCUCGUGAUGGAGUUCUUCGAGCUUUACGGGCGCUACUUCAACUACGAGCAGGUUGGCAUCUCUAUCAAGAACGGCGGGAAGUACUUCAGCAAGCUGAAGCGUGGGUGGCUCGACUUUGGGAAGCGCGGGCUGCUCUCGAUUGAGGACCCAACAGACUCAUCAAACGACAUAUCGAGAGGCUCGUACGCUAUCGCCAAGGUUCGCCAGACCCUCGCCGGCGCACACGAGAUCAUGACCACCACCGCCUUCCUCCGCGCCGGCUCGCUCAGCGCACGACGUGAAGGUCGCUCCGUCUCAUUACGAGGGAACGGCAAAGGCAAGGACAAGAGCGACCCCGCCGAGAUGAGCAUACUCUCGACUAUUCUCGGCGUCACGCAGGAGACGAUCAACAAUCGCAGACUCUUGCAAGAAGUGUACGAUGAUCGCGCGCUGCACGAGCUUCUCGGUGUUUCUCCCAAGCCCAGCGUAUCUAUGGACACUACGGCCUCGCGGAACAACAAACGCCAAGGCGAGAGCUCGCGACGCGGCGCUGCGAGCGUCGAAGAGGCGUGGGGAGAGGCUGAAAUAGACUUCGUGGGCGAGGAUGCGGUGGAGGGUAUUGAGGACGGCGCUGGCGAAGAUGACGAGGAUGGCGAAGAUGACGACGACGACGACGACGAUGAAGGGCGUUACGGCAUCCAGAAGCGCAAGUCCAGACCCCAUCAACCAGAUAUCGUCUUCAUCAGCGAUGAAGACGACCACACCUCGGGGCUCUCAGCAGAGGAGGCGGAGUACGCCCGAGGCGCACCGGAUUUAGAUUCGGGCUCGGACUCGGACUCGGAUGGGGGUAGGUCGUCGGUGAAGGGGCGGGAAAGCGCGAAGGUCGAGAGGGCAUCGGCGCGGAGGUCGUAUUGGCUCGCGAAGGGCGUGCCGAAUGGCUAUGAUGAGGAUAGUUCUUGA